AUGAUACAACUGCGGCGGGAGCCAUUAGCACCACCAUGCUCGAUUAACGUUGAAAACGCAUGGGGUCCUCAGGUCCAUGGCUGCGGCACGGACUUUGACUUGACGCUUCUCUUUCAAGAGGUCAUCUUGUUCAUCGGGCCUCUAGGUAUAGCCAUCUGCUUGGCCGUGUGGCGCAUAUGGCAGCUGGUCGGGCGAGAAGAAAUCGUUGCCUCUCCCCUGCUCCACAGGCUCAAAUUUGGCGGUCAUAGCCUGUUGACGCUUUUGCAGACGACUCUCCUUGUCAUCCAGGCUGCCCUUCAGACCUCUCUUACCCGGGCGACGAUUGCAGCCUCCUACCUGGGGGUCAUCGGCUCCGUGAUACUUCUGGUCGCCUCGCAUUUUGAGCAUGGCCGGUCGGUGCGAGCUUCGACGUUAAUGCUUCUUUACCUAGGCUUUUCCACUCCGGUGGAUGCGAUGCGCGCCCGCACUCUUUGGAGCAUGCCUCGCGAUAACAUUCCCGUGGCCUCCGUCUUCACCGCAAUGUGCGUCUGCAAAUUGGUCCUUCUUUUCCUGGAGGGCGGACGGAAGACGAUGCAGCCAGGCAUUCAUCAACCUACCCCAGACGAACAAGCCGGUAUUGUGUCGCGAGCCUUCCUAUGGUGGCUGGUCCCUUUGUUCAGCCUUGGAAGAAAGACGUCGCCGCUGACUUCCAAGGCGCUCCCAGAUAUCGAGCCCCAGUUGACUCGCCCAUGCGAGGGCCAGGGAGAUGAUGGAGGCAGCUUAAGCAAGCCAUCCAUUUUCCAUCACCUCUUCGCCGUGAGGGGAUGGCUACUGAUGAGUGCCAUUCCUCCAAGGCUUUGCUACACAGGCUUCCUAUUUGCACAGCCGUUCUUGGUGGAGAGGGCGACGGAAUUCAUGUCAGAACCUUUGAAUCCCAACACCUACAAGGUCGGCGCCGGCCUCAUCUCAGCCUACGCGAUUGUGUACUCAGGCAUAGCGGUAACUCAAGCCUUCUAUCGCCAAUGUACUGCACGCCUCAUCACUGCUGUCCGCGCCGACCUGGUCACCAAGAUCUAUAGUCACACUCUGAAUCUUAGUUCGUCAUCGUCCUCUCGAGACGCGACGUCAACCCUCAUGAGUGCUGAUGUCGAGCGAUUCGCGGCUGGAUCACGCAACAUGCACGAAUGCUGGGCGUGUAUAGUUGAGGUCGCCCUAGGGGUAUGGAUUCUCGAGCAGCAACUGGGUGUUGCUGUUGCCGCAACAGGUGGACUGACGGCAACCUUCGUUGGACUCACCAUUGCGGUUCUGCCGCUGGCGGGAAAGCGACAAAGUGAGUGGCUCAAGGGCUUGGAGAUGCGUAUCGCGGCCACGACCCGAUGUCUCCAGGCCAUGAAAGGCGUCAAGAUGACAGGUGUCGAAUCGACCAUUCGCAGAGACCUGAUAGGCUUGCGAAAAGUAGAGGUCCGUAAGCUCAGGCAGUUCCGAUAUAUCUUAUUGAUAGUUGCAUGGGCAGCCUGGAUUCCUGUCAUUAUAGCUCCAAUCCUUGGCUUCACCCUCUACAGCGUCGUUUUCGGCCCACGAACCGGACGCAUUCUUACCACUGCCGUGGUGUAUCGAUGUCUGACCAUCUUCGGCCUCUUCGGAAACUCAGUCGCAACCUUGAUCGAAAGUUCUAUCAAUCUCUUCACCGCUGUGGCUUCUCUCCAGCGAAUUCAAUCUUUCAUCCAUGGCGACAACACGCGUCUGGAUAAUCGGGUGCUUCUAUCAUCGCACAAGCCCCCGCCGGAUGAAGAUGAAGAUGAAGAUGGGAUGCCACUGCUCCCGCGGCGGCGGCGGGUGCAGUCGAACAAUCAAAUACGCAUGCACAGACUGAGUCGGGCCCUUACUCGCGCUCCGGCAGCGCUUCGACUUACUCAAGCUUCCGCCGGCUGGGAUGCCGACAGGCCGUUGAUCGUCCAUGAUGCCAAUCUGGAGGUGUCUUCGCCAUCAGUCAUUGCCGUGGUCGGUCCAACCGGGAGUGGAAAGACGACCUUGCUCCAGAUGCUCUUAGGUGAAAUCCGGUGCGCCCUUGGCUCAGUCACCCUCUCGAGUCUGCGCAUUGGCUACUGUGGCCAGACUCCGUGGCUCACCCAUGAAUCUGUCAGGAACAACAUCGUGGGACCAGACAUUUUUGAGAAAAGCUGGUACAACGCCGUCAUCCGCGCGACAGCACUCGACAAGGAUAUCAGGGCCAUGGCAUUUGGCGACAACACUAUCAUAGGAAACGAGGGAAGCAGUCUGAGCGGGGGCCAAAAGAAAAGAAUAGCUCUUGCACGUGCGAUUUACACCAGGGCGCCAAUUGUCAUCCUGGACGAUCCGUUUAACGGCCUCGAUGGCCGCACAGAGACCGCCAUACUAGAAGCAGUACUGGGGCGUCAGGGCCUACUGCGUAGACAGAAGACCUUAGUGGUAUGGGCAACAAGCACAGUCCAGCAGGUCCAGGUCGCCGACCGCGUUAUUUCACUCACCGACACCGGCAAUAUUCGGAAGAGGGGUUCUCUAUUGAUGGCCGCAGGUCGAAUGGUUGUCCCACAGGGAGACGAGUCUGGAGAUGACGACGAAAGUGCUGGUGCUGGCAACCGACCUUUAUCCACACUCGAGGUCGUCCAAGGGAUCGUUACUAUGCCGCAAAAUUCAUCAUGGCCAGACGACACUCAUGCGACUGCCAGCAACCCGGAGUAUUGGAUAGUUCGCUGGGCUGAGAGCAACGCCAUUAGCCCAAAUCGCCUUCAAGGGUUCUACAUUGGCUUAUAUUUUGCCAUUGGGACCAUUGAGCUGAUUGCCUGGACUGGUGCAGCCUUCUUCUUCAUUGUAUCUAUCGCCGAAAAGUCUGCAGACCGCUGCCAUGCAGUCCUCCUGGAUACCGUCUUAAGGGCGCCAAUGUCCUUUUUUGAUUCUACGGCCGCUGGGGAAAUCAUCAACAGAUUUAGCCAGGACCUACAGCUUAUCGACACCGAGUUACCUUACGACUUGUUAGGGACCGUCACCCAAAUAAUGAUUGUGGCUGGAAAUUGUGGCAUCAUCAUUUACGGAUCCCCAUGGUCUGGCCUUGCGAUUCCCGUAGUGGGUGUCGCCGUCUACUUCCUCCAACGCGCCUAUCUUCCAACCUCGCGCCAACUGCGGGUGCUGGAGAUCGAAGCCAAAGCGCCCCUGUUCUCCCACUUUCUCGAGACUCUCAAUGGUCUUGCGACCAUCCGGGCGUUGCGAUGGACCGCGGCCUAUUCCCGCAGGAACCUUGAAGCGAUCAAGAUCAGCCAAAAGCCAUUUUAUCUGCUUUUUGCAGCCCAGAACUGGCUGAAUCUGGUUCUGGACUUGAUCACAGCCGGGCUUGCAGUUACCAUCAUGUGUGUGGGGGUGGCCACAAGGUCCGAUGCGAACUCGACGAUCGGAUUGGCCUUGUUCAGUGCUACUGUUGUUGGCGCGUCGGCCAAGCAAUUGAUUGCGCACUGGACCAAGCUGGAGAUCAGCAUGGCUGCGGUUGAACGAGUGCGUGCCUUUACCGAGGAAACCGCCUCCGAGGAACACCCUGGGUCAAAAUCUACAGCGGCCGGAGAUCCUAAAACAUGGCAUGGAAAGGGCAGCAUCGAGUUUCGUAACGUGUCUGCCAGGUACUCAUCAUCUUCGCCGCUCGUCCUCCGCAAUAUUUCGUUCGACAUUCAACCAGGUCAGCGAUAUGCGAUCUGCGGCAGAACCGGAAGUGGCAAAAGCACGUUGCUGGCGAUACUGUUGCGUGUUAUUAACCCACAGAAUGGGACAAUAUUGGUCGACGAUGCCGACAUUUCUCAGAUGAAACCCGGCCAAGUCCGAUCUCGAUUCAUUACCCUGCCCCAGGAGCCAGUCCUUAUUGGUGGAACUGUGCGCCAUAACAUGAAGCUGUAUGAGCCCGACUGUGGGGACCGAGAAAUGAUUGCGGCGCUCAAUGUCUUCGGCCUGUGGGAUACGAUCCGAUCCAAAGGCGGGCUCGAUGUCCCUUUGACCGAGGAGCUUCUGUCCCAUGGGCAAAGGCAACUUUUCUGUUUUGCCAGGUCCACUCUACAGAAGGGCAACAUUGUCAUCCUUGAUGAACCUUCAAGCCAAUCCGAUCGAGCUAUCGAGCAAAAGAUGGAGAGCGCUAUUCGCGAAAGGUUCAAGAGUCACACGGUCCUGUGUAUUGCGCACAGACUUAGUACCAUCUUGAGUUUUGACACUGUCAUCGUCAUGGAUGCUGGCUCAAUCGCAGAGUCAGGCAACCCUCGCGCAUUACUGCAAGACCACUCCUCCUUGUUCUCCACGUUGAUGAAAAGUCAACGUGGUCAGGAUGAGCGGGCCUAG